GCUCGACCACGCACCGCUCCUUCGUCUGCUCGUCGACGGUGCAGUGGGUGCACCGAGUAAAUACAAUCAUAUGAACCUCUGGCUGUUGAAAGGGGACUUCCAUCUUAUGUACCAAAGACUAAGAGUGUCUUCAGCACGAUGAUUUCUAUGGUCUUGGCACGCCCUUCGUAGUCAUCGGAUGUCACUUUGCGAACUGUCCUCAGUCAAAAUCGCUGAACAGUCAUCUUGCUGUUUAAUUUCAUUGUGCACAUCUUUAUCUGCUUUCCGACCGUCUCCAUUUCUAACAAACUUUCCAACCCAACCCCCUUGCCGAGUCUCCCUUCACCACAACUAGAAAAUGGGCUAUCUCGACUCCGCCGCCGCCUCCGUGCAGGCCCGCUCCCGAAUCCGGUCCCACAUAUACGAAACCCCCCUCCUACCGUCCCGCAGCAAGACCAACCUCUUCUUUAAAGCCGAGAACUUCCAGCUCACGGGCUCCUUCAAGUUACGCGGCGCCAUGACCAAACUAUCCGCUUCGCCACCCUCAGUCCGCCUGAUCACCGCCUCGUCAGGUAACCAUGGAAUUGGUGCAGCGUGUGCAGCGAGUAAGCUGGGACGCGAGCUGACUGUCGUACUACCGGAGACGGUGGUGCCGGCGAAGCUGGCGAAGAUCAGGGAGUAUGGUGUGCGUGUGGUGUUACAUGGUGCCGAGACCGGGAUCGCGGAGCAGCAUGCGCAGAAGUUGGCGAAGGAGGAGGGCUUUGUGUAUGUGUCGCCGUACAACGAUCCGGAUAUUGUUGCUGGGCAGGGCACGAUUGGGCUUGAGAUCUUGGAGCAGUGUCCGGAUGUUGAAAAUGUGUUUAUUUCUAUGGGUGGGGGUGGUUUGAUCAGUGGAAUUGGCUCUGUCUUGAAGGCUUUCUCGCCAAAGGUCAAGGUGUACGGUGCGUCUGCGAAUAACUCGAGGGCGCUGGCUGCUUCUAUGGCUGCUGGGAAAGUUGUGGAGACGGAGCAUCUGCCUACCCUAGCUGAGGCUGUGGCGGGUGGUAUUGACGAGGAUACAAUCACAUUGCCACUAGCUAUAAAGGUCGUGGAUGGUGUGGUGGACUGCGAUGAGGAUGACAUUAGAGAAGCGCUCAAGAAUUUGGCGUUGGAGGAGAACAUGCUGAUGGAAGGCAGCUCUGCGCUGGCGCUGGCCGGGUUCAAGAAGAUGGAGCAGGUGGUGCAUGGGCAGGUGAAUGUUGUGGUGCUUUGCGGCGCGAACUUUGACAGAGAUACGAUUGUACGGGAGGUUUUUGGUCGGUGAUGACCCUUUUGCGAUUUUUACUGAG